AAUGUUUUUUUACACACGCAUCCGAUGAUGUAUUGCCACAUCAUUUAAUAAAUGUGACACAUCAUGUGUUUUUAAAUACCAUGCAUGAUGUGUUGGUAUAUUAUUGUAGGCAUGUGUAAAAUAACAUUACACACUAACCGUGUAUAACAAACAAGCCCGUUAUCUAUGAUUGCAAAGUCAUUCUUCAUUUAGAUUGCUAGAUUGUCAUGGUAGAUGACCAGAUAUUCUCUACGUUGUCGCAAGAGGGUAGAUGAAAAAUUCAAACCAUCGGCCAACUAUGAAUCAAUAUAAUAUUCCUAGCUUUUUCAAUGAAAACGAAUACGAACAUUUUCAAAGGAGAGGUCCACACAUAAUAAUACUUAAAACAUAGCUACAAUAUGAUGUAAUAAAAAAAACUGUUAUUAUGGAUACGGCAAAUACACAAGUUAAAAUUCCAUUUUUAUAUUUAACAACGACCACAUAGUAUAUGGUUAGUCAUUGAAAAAUCUUCUAUAUAUAAAGUAUAUUCUCCAAUUUCUCAUUUCUCCGUUAAAAACUGAAUACACAAACACCAUCAAGUUUCAUUAUUAAACAAUCACACAAACCAAAGUAGUCAAAAAAACAGAACUCACACACACACACACACACACACACACAAACAUGGCAGAAGCAAAAGAAGAAAAAACAGAGAGAAAAAUGAAGAAAAUUCUUCUCAUAAUUAAUUGCUUAAUCUUAGCCUUAGGAAACUCCGGUGGUCCCCUCAUAAUGCGUCUUUACUUCAUCCAUGGCGGUAAGCGCGUCUGGCUUUCCAGUUUCCUCGAAACCGCCGGUUUCCCCUUAAUGCUCCUCCCUCUAACUGUCUCAUACAUCAAACGCCGCCGUAUCAACCACCGUCCACCACCGUCAACUACCACCGUAAUCACCACUGAAAAAUUAAAUAUAAUAUCCAUGAAACCUCCUCUAUUCUUCGCAGCAGCUUUCAUCGGAAUCCUCACCGGUCUGGACGAUUAUCUCUAUGCAUUCGGCGUUGCUCGGCUUCCGAUUUCCACUUCGGCUUUAAUAAUCGCUUCUCAGCUUGGUUUUACGGCAGUUUUUGCUUUUAUUCUUGUGAAACAGAAAUUUACAGCUUUUUCUGUAAACGCUGUCGUUUUGCUUACAGUUGGAGCUGGUGUUUUGGCCAUGCAUACGAGUGGUGAUCGACCUGCUGGUGUUUCUGUUAGACAAUAUGUUAUUGGUUUUCUUACUACUGUUGCUGCUGCUGCAUUAUAUGGAUUCGUUUUGCCUUUGAUUGAGUUGGUUUAUAAGAAAACCAAACAGCCCCUAACUUAUUCUCUUGUCAUGGAAAUUCAGUUUGUUAUGUGUUUAUUUGCUACUCUCUUUUGCGCUGUUGGCAUGAUCGUAAACAACGACUUUAAGGUGAUACCCAGGGAAGCAAGGAAUUUUGGUCUUGGAGAAACAACAUACUAUGUGGUGUUGGUGGUGAGUGCAAUAAUGUGGCAAGCAUUUUUUUUGGGAGCAAUUGGGGUUAUUUUUUGUGCUUCCUCGUUAUUUUCCGGUAUUUUGAUUGCUGUGUUGUUGCCACUAACGGAAGUAUUAGCAGUUAUUUUCUAUAAAGAAAGUUUCAAUGCUGAGAAAGUGGUGUCUCUUGUACUUUCACUGUGGGGGUUUGUGUCUUAUUUUUAUGGUGAGAUUAAACAAGCUAAGAAACAGAAGAAGAAAAGUGUUUUAGAAACAGAAUUGGGUCAAACUAUUGAUGUAGUAUCUGCUCCUUGAAUAUUGUAAUGUAUAGGUCAUAAAAGUGUGUUUGUGUUUGUAUUUGAAUCAAGCAAUAGGCUUUAGUUAGAUGUAUUUUUAGAAAAUGGGGCAUGUGAGUGUAAACUAGUGUAAUAGUAUUUGAGUAUUUUAUUGUAAUAUUUGUAAUAAUAUCAAGUGAUAAUCCUUGCAAUA